AUGGAUCCUCCUACUGCGAUCAUUGUUUAUAACAACAUGGAAGAAGUCGGGGUACAUGAAGAAUCAUCAGAUACUUCCCAACAAAGAGAAGACACCUGGAGUAAAACUUCAACCCCCCAUCAUUCAAAAGAAAAUGAACCCACCUCAUCCUCAUUGAAAAGAUCCCCGAAUUCUUCUGUCGGCUUCCUCGGCUUGUCACUUGAAAUCCGACGUAUGAUCUAUGAUGAAUACUUCAUCGUCACCGAACCAAUCUCAUUCCAAACUGGACCGUCUCCAUCGCUUGCCUUACAUCUUGAUAAGAACUAUGGUCUCCAUACCGCACUGCUUCGUGCAAACAAAGAAAUACACAGUGAAGCCACACCAUAUCUUUAG